AUGAUAAACAAUCCACAUUCUCCACCUCAUGAGUAUCUUCAGUCUGGAGCCCUCAUCAUUGGUGGCAUCACUUCUCAGAUUUUCAUUUUCUCCAGUUUCAUAGAAUUCACAGAAAGACCUCCACCUCCACAGCUGAAUGAAUUUGUUGUACUGCCGAAGAAUUACCAACACAUCCUGGCUUUGGCAUUUGCAAUAAAGGAGAUCAAUGAAAACCCUGAAAUCUUACCCAAUGUCACUUUGGGUUUCCGCAUCUAUGACAGCUAUUUCACUGCCAAGUGGACCUACCAUGCAACACUGCUACUUGCAUCCUCAUUGGAGAGAUUUGUCCCCAAUUACUUGUGUGAUACCCAGAAUAACCUGAUUGCAGUCAUUGGUGGACUGGAUCCCCUCAUUUCUCUUCAUGUGGCAACCGUCUUGGAUAUAUACAAAAUUGCACAGCUCACCCACGGUCCUGCUCCAGUGAUGAAUGAUAAAACCCCAGGACUUCCCUUCUAUCAAAUGUUCCCAAAUGAAGAACAUCAGUAUCGGGGGAUUGUCUCUUUACUUCUGCACUUCGGCUGGACAUGGAUUGGGGUCCUUGUUAUGGACAAUGACAAUGGAGAACAAUUCUUGCAGGCUGUGUUUCGAUUGUUUUCCCAUAGUGGUAUUUGCAUUGAGUUCAUAGAAAGAAUUCUACAAAUUACAUUUCUCGCUGAUCUUUUGGACAUGAUUAAAGAUGCGGCAAAGAUACAUGACAAAGUAAUGGAGAGCAAAGCCAAUGUGCUAGUGGUCUAUGGUGAAUCUUAUUCUGUGGCAUUUUUUAGUUUUGCAACAUAUUUAUCAGAAGUAGUGCUUGCAACAAAUGCACCAAAAGGUAAAGUAUGGAUAGGAACAGUCCAGCUAGCACCUGCUUCAUUUGCCUUCCAAAAGACUUGGGAUGGAGAAAUAUUCCAUGGAGCACUAUCCUUCACAAUUCACACCAAUGAUCUACCAGCAUUUCACCAAUUUCUUGAGAGCAGAAACCCAACCAUCACAACAGGGGAUGGUUUUAUCCAGGAAUUUUGGGAACGACUGUUUAGUUGCAUAUUCCCAGGUUCAGUUUUGGAUGAGGUGGAGGGGAAUCUUUGCACAGGAGGAGAGAAGCUGGAGAGCCUUCCUGGGUCAAUUUUUGAAAUGAGCAUGACUGGCCACAGUUAUAAUAUCUACAAUGCUGCCUAUACUGUGGCCCAUGCUUUACAUGCCUUGUUCCAGUCUAGACAUCAACACAGAGUAAAGAUGAAGGGAGAAUUCAAGCUUCAGAAUGAACAGUUCUGGCAGAUCCAUCACUUUCUGAAAGGUGUCUCAUUUAACAACAGUGCAGGCGAAGAGGUUUCCUUUGACCAGAAUGGGGAUAUAGUAGCUGGAUUGGAUGUGAUCAACUGGGUUAUUUUCUCAAACCAUUCUUUUCAAACAGUGAAAGUUGGGAGGAUGGAUCCCCAGGCCCCUCCAGACCAAGCGUUCACCAUCAAUGAGGGUGUCAUAACAUGGCAUAGAUUCUUCAAUCAGACACGGCCUCUUUCCCUAUGUAGUGAGAGUUGCCACCCUGGUUCCAGGAAGAAAAUGAGGGAGGGGGAACCAUUUUGUUGCUAUGAUUGCAUUUCUUGUCCAGAAGGGAAGAUUUCAAACCAGAAGGACAUGAAUGACUGUGAUAAAUGCACAGAUGAAAAUUAUCCAAACAGAAAGCAGGAUUUAUGUAUUCCAAAGGAUAUAAGCUUCUUAUCUUAUGGAGAACCUUUGGGGCUCACAUUAGUCAGUUCCACCUUUUCCUUUUCUUUCAUUACAGUUCUGGUGCUAGGAACAUUUAUGAAGCACCAUAACACUCCCAUUGUCAAAGCCAACAACAGGAACCUCACCUACACUCUCCUGGUCUCCCUCCUGCUCUGCUUCCUUUGCGCUUUGCUAUUCAUCGGCCAUCCUGAGAAGGUGGCAUGCCUUAUUCGACAAACUGCUUUUGGCAUCAUCUUCUCAGUAGCUCUUUCUUGUGUGCUGGCAAAAACCAUCACGGUGGUCCUGGCAUUUAUGGCCACCAGGCCAGGAUCCAGAAUGAGGAAAUGGGUGGGGAAAGGACUGGCCAACUCUAUUGUUAUUUUCUGUUCCUUUAUUCAAGCAGGCAUUUGUGCUGUUUGGCUGGCAACCUCUCCCCCUUACCCAGAUGUUGACAAGCAUUCAGUGGAUGACAAAAUUGUACUGGAAUGUAAUGAGGGCUCUGCAAUUUUCCUUUACUUUGUCUUGGCCUAUAUGGGCUUCUUGGCUCUUUUUAGUUUCACUGUAGCUUUUCUUGCCAGGAAGCUGCCUGACAGUUUCAAUGAAGCCAAGUUCAUAACAUUCAGCAUGUUGGUGUUUUGUAGCGUGUGGUUAUCCUUCAUUCCAACCUACCUGAGCACCAAAGGAAAAUACAUGGUCGCUGUAGAAAUCUUUUCUAUCUUAGCCUCCAGUGCUGCGUUGCUGGGUUGUAUCUUUUUCCCUAAAUGUUACAUUAUAGUGUUGAAGCCUCAACUGAACAACAGGGAACAGCUAAUAAGAAGAAAGGGUUUGUGA